CUGAACAGCUGCUUCCUGGUUCUCCACGUGCUGCCAGCAGCGCUGGAGCUGCCCGAGCCAGAGCGGAGCCGCUGUUCUCAGCUGCAGCCAGGAUCUGCCCCCGGCCCCGCUGGGAUCCAGACAGGCUGCAGAAUGUUUUGCUCCAGCUCAUCCCAGCCUGGCGUGGGACAGGGAAGAGAAAUGGCUGCAGUGGAGUCAGUCCAGGGGCUGGUGACCUUCAAGGAGAUGGCUAUGUAUUUCACCAGGGAAGAGUGGGCUCUGCUGGACCCCACUCAGAGAGCCCUCUACUGGGAUGUCAUGCAGGAGAACUAUGAGACUGUGACCUCGCUGGGCCAGAGAAUAACAUCCAUGUUUCGCUGCAGAUCAUCUCGUCCUCCCAGGGGCAAGGAAAUGGCUGCAAUGGAGCUGGCUCAGGGGCCGGUGACCUUCGAGGAGGUGGCUGUGUAUUUCUCCAGGGAAGAGGGGACUCUGCUGGACCCCACUCAGAGAGCCCUCUACAGAGAUGUCAUGCAGGGGAACUAUGAGACGAUGGUCUUGCUGGGUAAGGAUUCCUGUCCCUUCUGUUCUUGGAAGGGGAAAUGAAGAGUGAAGGUUCAUGCCACCCCCACAAUGCCAUCUGUACCCUGUCCUGUUUCAGCAUCACCCCAAUAGGCCAGUAACAUACAUACUACCAGAGACCCUCCUCUGCUGCAGAACACUUUGGGAACAGAGCACAGGAGCAGCAUCACACAAUGUCAAAUAUCUCCUCUUUACUCAAGUAAAACUGGGGUUAGGUCCAGCAUA